GUAAACACGAUACCAUGAUUUCACUGGAAGUUGGUCAGCUUCUGGUUUGCUGAAGGUUUUCCGGUUAGUUACAAUUAUAAAUAAUUAAAAAAAAAAAAAAAAAAAAAAGGCCCAUACGUUACAGAGAUCCAAGUAGGCGGCUGAUAAUCUGAAAGAAAAUGACAGAUACGGGGAACAAGCUGCGUAAACAAUUGGAAUCUGCGAACUGCGAUCCCAAACAGUAUGUAAAACUGCUCUCCCAGCAAUCGGAUGGAGACCGAGACCUGCAAGAGCACCGUCAAAAGAUACAGACUCUGGCCGACGAAACGGCUCAAAACUUGAAGAAAAAUGUCUACAAAAAUUACAGACAGUUUAUUGAAACUGCCAAGGAGAUUUCCUAUUUAGAAAGCGAAAUGUACCAACUGAGCCAUAUUCUGACUGAGCAGAAGAGUAUUAUGGAGAGUAUCACCCAGGCCCUGCUGUCCACAGACAAGGAUGAAGCAGCGAAGGAAAUGCAGGCAGCUUUCCCUAAGGAGACAGAAGAAGUUAAGCAGAGGACCCUGACCACACUGCUGGAAAAGGUAGAGGGGUGCAAAAACAUAAUGGAAACCCCUGGAAGGUAUUUGGUUUAUAAUGGAGAUCUAUUUGAGUAUGAUGUGGAUAAUAUGUCUCAAAUCCAAAAGGUACAUGCAUUUUUGAUGAAUGAUUGCCUUCUUGUUGCCACCUGGCUUCCCAACAGGCGUGGGGCAGUGCGAUACAAGUACAAUGCUCUUUAUGAUUUGGACAGUUUCGCUAUUGUCAACGUGAAAGAUAAUGCACCCAUGAAGGAUAUGUUUAAAAUCCUGAUGUUCCCAGACAGCCGAAUUUUUCAGGCAGAGAACAGCAAGAUUAAAAAGGAGUGGCUGGAGAUCCUGGAUGAAACCAAGAAAAACAAAGCGAUAAAAGAAAGGCACAAGAAAGAAGAGGAGCUGCCACAUUCACCUGUGCGCCAAGAUAUGUCCAAUAACCCAUUUGACGAGGAUGAGCAAGUCGUCUGUGAAGAGAUUGUGGACCUGAGCAUGGAGUGGAUACAGGAGCUUCCUGAGGAUUUAGACGUGUGCAUUGCUCAGCGGGAUUUUGAAGGCGCAGUGGAUUUGCUGGAUAAGUUGAACGAGUACCUGAAGGAUCAGCCCUUGACUCAACCUGUGAAGGGGCUCAAGGUGAAAGUGGAGGAAAGGAUUCGGCAGCUCACAGAAGUCCUUGUUUUUGAGCUGUCUCCCGAUAGAUCCUUGCGGGGUGGCCCCAAAGCCACCAGGAGGGCCGUAUCCCAGUUGGUCCGGCUGGGACAGUCCACCAAAGCUUGCGAGCUCUUCCUGAAAAACCGAGCAGCUGCCGUACAGACAGCCAUUCGCCAGUUGCGAAUAGAAGGUGCCACUUUGCUGUACAUUCACAAGCUCUGCAACAUCUUCUUCACCAGUCUGCUGGAGACAGCCAAGGAGUUUGAGAUGGAUUUCGCUGGGAACACUGGCUGCUACUCUGCAUUUGUGGUGUGGUCCCGCUCAGCCAUGAAGAUGUUUGUGGACGCCUUCAGCAAGCAGGUUUUCGACAGCAAGGAGAGCUUAUCCACUGCUGCAGAAUGUGUGAAAGUUGCCAAAGAGCACUGCAAACAGCUAAGUGAAAUUGGGCUGGACCUGACAUUUACCCUCCAGUCCCUUUUGGUUAAGGACAUCAAAGCUGCACUUCAGAGCUAUAAGGAGAUUAUAAUUGAGGCCACCAAACACCGCGAUUCUGAAGAAAUGUGGAGAAAAAUGAACUUGAUGACUCCAGAGGCCCUUGGGAAACUGAAAGAAGAAAUGCGGAACUGCGGGAUUAGCAGCUUUGACCAGUACACUGGGGAUGGCUGUUGGGUAAACCUCAGCUAUACUAUUGUUGCUUUUACAAAACAAAUGAUGGCCUUCUUUGAGGAAGGGCUGAAACUAUAUUUCCCAGAGCUGCACAUGGUCCUCCUAGAAAGCCUGAGGGAGAUCAUUCUUGUUGCUGUUCAACACGUUGACUACAGCUUGCGAUGUGAGCAGGAUUCUGAAAAGAAAGUCUUCAUUUGCCAAAAUGCUUCAUUCCUGUAUGAAACUGUCCUCCCAGUAGUGGAGAAAAGGUUUGAAGAAGGAGUUGGGAAGCCUGCAAAGCAGCUGCAGGACUUGAGAAAUGGAUCCCGUCUGAUUCGUGUGAAUCCAGAGAGCACAAUGUCAGUUGUGUAAACAGGUUGUUUUACCAAACAAGCCUGUUCAAAAUUGUGUGCUGUGCAAUUGCUAAGGAUUGAGUAGUAUAUAGUAAACAUAGUGCUAUUAUGAUUGAACUUUUUUGCAUAAUGCGAUAUUGCUGAAGUAAUUUUUGUGGUCUAUAGUAUUCAGUAAUACCAAACAUUGACUACCACACUAAAACGGGUUGAUAUUAUACAAAACAUGAGUUCCAGAGUGAAAGUAAAACACACCAGUAAUGUUCCAACAUUAUUCUUUUGAGUUGUUUAUCAGUAGUUGCCAAUUGUAUUGACCUUUCAUAAAAAUGGUGCAAAUUGCAUGCAAGCGUAAACUGCUUUUAAUAUUAGCCUUCACACUUACAGUAGACCAGAUACUGACUUUAAAACUCACUCAAAAAGCUGGUAACAUGAUUUGAAUAUAUUAAUAGUACAACUAUUCAGUAGGAUUUAGCUUUUUCUCCAUGCAGUGGAGCUUAGAAAUACCAGAGCUGCUGCACUUCUUUGAGGAAAAUGACCAAAAUGACUUAUGAUGGCAUGGGAGUUGUUUCAAAUAAUCAAUGAGGGUGGAGGUUCACAAUGUACAUUUAAUGCCUAUCCACCUGCCACAAUUUCAAUAAUACUUUUUUUUAAUCGCUUGACAGCCUAAAAUGAAUAAAUAUAUAUUCUUUUAGGCUGUCAAGUGAUUAAAAAAAUUAAGAGUGAUUAAUCUUGAGAUUUAAAAAAAUAAUCUCAAUUAAUCUUGGUUUUGAUCACAUAUUUAACUUAUACAUUAUUAUUAUUAUUAUUAUUAUUAUUAUUAUUAUUAUUAUUAUUAUCCAAAAAACAAUCCAGCAUAAAAACCCUGUUUUCCUAUUUCUGGAUCCUAUUUGUUGGUCCCUCUUUAUAGUUUUAUAUUUAUUUACAAUCCAGCAUUUGUUGUUAAAUUGUUUGAACCAACUGCUAAAUCACAAUGGAGUCAGAUUAUUAGUCACCUUACUGCAUUUAAAAUUCAGUUUUCUUCACUCAUAAACUGAUGUUUUUCAUUGCCGUUGAAAUAAUAAUUAUUUGAAAUUCUCUUUUAUAAAUAACUUGAAAUUGCUUAAAUAAAACAACACAUUCACUGGUUAUAUCAUCCAUAAUUGUAAAUAAUAUUAUUUAAAAGAAAUGUGUUUUUUUAAAUAAAAACAAAGCUACAAUGUUGAUGGGUCUGCAGUCAGUAGCUAUUGACUUUGCAACAGCACUGGUUAUAGUGUCGUACUUCAUGGGUUUGCAGCGAUCCUGAAUUUCUAAAAGAGUACUCUGUCGAAACUGACGUAUUGUUGUCUAGCAGAUGAACUACUAGAAAGUGUAUUUUGAGAAGUGAAAGCAUGCUUAGCAGCAUGCAGGUGGUACAGCAGACUAGAUUCACUUCUGUGAUCCUGGAACUCACUUUGACAGUAGAUACAAGUAACCCUCUUUUUAUCCAAUGAACAGUCAGGAAAUUUAAAAAAAAAUAAACUUCCCAUUCACAAGUCCUUCAAUUUGAGUGCUUUGCUACAUAAUGCGGUUCUGUGACUAAUUUUAUAUUCAAACGAUGAUAUAUAUAUAUAUAUAAUCCUUGUCUGAUAGUAAAUGCAGGGUUAGUGUUUUCUUGUUGCACCCAGCCUGUGUGUUGUUGAAUUAACUAUUUUACUAUCACUGUAAUUGUGGUGAGAUGUCAUUAAAACUGUUUCUCCAUUCUCUGCUAUGCACAUUUAAAAAAUAUAUCCCAGAUAUUUGUAGUUUUUAUUCCAUUUAUAUAAAUAUGUAUUUCUCACAGCUGUUUCAAAACCACGUGGUUCCGUCAAUUGUGCUGUCUUAGAAGAUAAAUCUGAGGUCUAAAAUAAAUAUUCCUCUGCUAGGACAGCUCAUGCUUAAAUCAUGAAUCAGUUUUACAACUCAGUUUACAAAUGUUUUGCAGCCUAUACAAAGAAGAAAAAUGGCAUCUUCACUUCCAAAAUUAUUUUAAAAAUAUAUAUAAACAGGAUAAUAAAAGCAAAAGUUGAACACACAGUUACUGUAGCAUGUAGAUGUACAAAGCAUUUUUUUCAAAUUAUGCUGUUGGAUUACUGAGGCAUCUUAUUGCAGCAGAGCUAACCCUUUACUAACUGCAAGGUCAUCACAUUUCUUUGUGAAUGGAAACCAGUGCCACCAGGGUCAUGAACUGAGGUUGCAUAUUUGAAAGGAAAACUUUGAUGGCUCAUUGGGAAGUGAAGAUGUCAUUUUAAGUGUUAAGUCAGCAAAGUAGCUAAAAUCAUACUGUGAGAUUGCUGCUUAUCAAAAAAUAUAUAGUUUUUUUUUUAAUUGUUUUUCUUUCUUUUCUCUAGACAGAAGCACUGUACCAAGGGGAUGUAUUACACACCCUACAAGUCAAAUAAACAUAAUCAUUGUAAGAAAAUGUAAUAAAAACAGCUGCUCUUUUUAAACAUU